GAGUGCAUUUCCAUCCACAUCGGGCAGGCUGGAGUGCAGAUGGGCAAUGCCUGCUGGGAGCUCUACUGCCUGGAGCACGGCAUCCAGGCUGAUGGCACCAUCCCUGGCUCCCAGCAGCUGAAAUCCAUGGAUCCCAGCUCUGAGCAAGUGGAUUCCUCCUUUGAGACCUUCUUCUGUGAGACAGCAUCUGGCAAACACGUGCCCCGGGCAGUGUUCAUAGACCUGGAGCCCACUGUCAUUGAUGAGAUCAGGACUGGGCCCUACCACGGGCUUUUCCACCCAGAGCAGCUCAUCAGUGGCAAGGAGGAUGCUGCCAACAACUACGCCCGUGGCCACUACACCAUCGGCAAGGAGAUCAUCGACACCGUGCUCAGCAGGAUCCGGAAAAUGGCUGACCAGUGCAGUGGCCUCCAAGGCUUCCUGGUGUUCCACAGCUUCGGAGGAGGCACCGGCUCAGGCUUCACCUCCCUGCUCAUGGAGCGGCUGUCGGUGGAGUACAGCAAGAAAUCCAAGCUGGAAUUCUCGGUGUACCCGGCCCCGCAGGUGUCCACGGCCGUGGUGGAGCCCUACAACUCCAUCCUGACCACGCACACCACGCUGGAGCACUCGGACUGCUCCUUCAUGGUGGACAACGAGGCCAUCUACGACAUCUGCCACCGCAACCUGGACAUCGAGCGCCCCACCUACACCAACCUCAACCGCCUCAUCAGCCAGAUCGUGUCCUCCGGCCAGAUCGUGUCCUCGGUCACGGCCUCGCUGCGCUUCAACGGCGCCCUCAACGUCGACCUCAUCGAGUUCCAGACCAACCUGGUGCCCUACCCGCGCAUCCACUUCCCGCUCACCACCUACGCGCCCAUCGUCUCGGCGGAGAAGGCUUACCACGAGCAGCUCUCCGUGCCGGAGAUCACCAACGCCUGCUUCGAGUUCUCCAACCAGAUGGUGAAGUGCGACCCUCGCCGCGGCAAGUACAUGGCCUGCUGCCUGCUCUACCGCGGCGACGUGGUGCCCAAGGACGUCAACGCCGCCAUCGCCGCCAUCAAGACGCGCCGCUCCAUCCAGUUUGUGGACUGGUGCCCCACCGGUUUCAAGGUGGGCAUCAACUACCAGCCGCCCACCGUGGUGCCCGGCGGGGACCUGGCCAAGGUGCAGAGGGCUGUGUGCAUGCUCAGCAACACCACGGCCAUCGCCGAGGCCUGGGCCCGCCUGGACCACAAGUUUGACCUGAUGUACGCCAAGAGGGCGUUUGUGCAUUGGUAUGUGGGGGAGGGCAUGGAGGAGGGGGAGUUCUCCGAGGCCAGGGAGGACCUGGCGGCCCUGGAGAAGGAUUAUGAGGAGGUUGGAAGGGACUCGGUGGAUGGAGAGGAGGAGGAGGGUGAUGAGGAUGAGUAUUGACAAACUGCGGCCUGGCCUUGUGGUGACGAUGAGAGAGAGACGGGGACGCUGACUGGUAACCAAAAUCCAGCUUGACUGAGCACUACAUGUGCUCAUUUUACAGUUAUUUUCUACAUUUUACAUUCAUUUUACCACUUACAGCAAGGCUGGUUGUAUUUUACUGCAAUCACCUAGACAAGCUUUACAUCUCCACUUGGUAAAAUCUGAUUUUCCAUUAAGCCAGACUUGACUCAGUCUUGCAGUCAGAGCUCUGUUUGCUCUUGCCAGGGUAUCCUCGUUAUCAGACUGCACAUGCUGAUUAAAUCUGCAGUGCUCUCAGUCUCAUUUGCAUAUUACCCAUAUCCACAGUCUUGACCUCGGCUGCAAUCCAGUUCUGUCCCUAAUUCCAAUCUGGAGGUGCUGAAGGACCGGCCUGGACCUCGAUGCCAUGUUUGAUGUAUUAAACCUCCCCUGCUUGCAUAGUUUGGGCUCACAGAGCUCCUCCUUAGCCUGGGUGUCUUGAGCUUUAUCCCACUGCUGUUUAUUGAUGAGUGAUGCUGAGUCAGGCCUAAGUUAGGCCUGACAUCCUGCCUAGCUGGGAGAUCCCAGUUCCUAAUGCAGGGAAUGCUGCCUGCUUUGGCUGGAAUGGCAAACUCUUGCUCUGGCUUUUUUUCUUGUUAAAAGCACUUUGGAAUUAGGAAUGCACCUGUAAACUUCUAUGCAAAUGGCUUUUUGUAUAUGAAUAAAGAGGGGGU